AUCACUUUUCCUUGCACUUCUUACAUCACCACUGCCUACAUCACCAGCAGCGAAUCCUACAUCUUCUUUUCGUACUGGACUGGAGCAGUAAACCAGUGAUCACUACUAGUCGUACUCAGGUCUAGCAACAGUGCAAAAUCUUAAGCAUCACUGAUUUUAGUUGACAGUUCAACUGUUCAAGGAUUUGUAUAGGAUUUAUCAAUGGGGAAUGAUACAAUCCUCAGCUACAACAAUGUUGUAUUGAGAAGAUCAGAUUUGGAGAUUAGUGGUGAAGUCUUCCUUAAUGACGCUAUCAUUCAGUUCUAUUUUAGUUAUCUUCAAUCCGGUUCUUCCUCUCAAGAUGUAUUACUACUCCCACCUUCUAUCUCAUUUUUGAUCAUGAACUAUCCACAUUCAGAAAACCUCAAAGAUAUCGUUGAGCCACUUAAACUGCGAGAAAAGAAAGUGGUAAUCUUUGCUAUCAACAAUAAUACAAAUGUGGAAGCUGAGGGUGGUAGUCACUGGAGCUUACUUGCGUAUGAGAAGAAUUCUGAGGUAUUUGUACACCACGAUAGCAUGGGAACAUCUAAUAAGAUGUAUGCUGAAAAACUGUACAGAGCUGUUGUGGGAUUUAUGGGUGAAUGUAAAUCUGACUCCUCAAAAAUUAGACUUUUGGAGUGUCCAUGUACGCCGCAACAGAAAAAUGGUUUCGAUUGUGGUUUAUAUGUUACCGCAAUUACGAAAGUUAUAUGCAACUGGUAUAAAAAAGGUGAUUCCAGUGGGUUGUGGUAUUCUGAAGUCAUGAAAUUGACACCAGAGAUGGUAUCUCAUAUGAGAAGUGACAUACCAAUGCUUAUACAGGAGUUGGUGGCCAAGAAAGAAGGUGCUACUCCAGUGGAGAUGAAAACAACCAGAAUUUGGAACCGAAUUUAGAGAAGAUCGAGAAAGAAAAUGAAGAGUUUGUCUCCUGUGAACUAUCAGUGUUGCUUAAUGACAUUG